AUGUCGACACCGAAGGUCGAGAAAACUGUGCAUGGGGAAUUGGAACUUCAGCCUCCUCCAGGCCAGGACGCGAACGGUAUAAGUGUUGGGAAAUGGUCAAGCCCUGUGAUCCCCGAUGAAUCUGAAGGAUUAAUGACCUCCAAUAUAAGUCUCGAGGUUUGUUGUCCGUGCAUCCCCUUGGCGCAGAUUGAGAUCCGAAUGGGGAUUCAAACUUACACAAGGGCGAUAAGCUGGUACGCGACUGCGUACGGGAUCUUAACUUUCGCGCUCGGCACUUUUUGGCUCUUUGCUACCUUGUGGAUCUGCUCAAAGGCCUAUCGUGAUGCGACGAGUAUCCUAGUUCGCAUCCUGGUGCUUGUUGGAUCACUGGUCCUGGCAGUCAUCAUGUCGCUCUUAUUAAUGUACCGCAUCUCGAUGCUGCGCUCGACAGUUCGAGAACGUUUCGACAUUCCCGGUUCUGUCCGUGAGGAUCGUACGGCAGCUUGGCAAGAGACGGCACGGGCUAUCCGUCAGAUGCGACGCCAUCUUAAAAUUGAUCAAGCCAAGUAUGGGGCAGUUGCUACGUUGCCGGCUUAUGUAGUAAUGAUGCGAUGUCUUGACAAGACAAUUCCGAUGGCACUUGAAGGGCUUCAACAGCGCAGGGAGACUAAAAAGCGGCUUCAAGAGAUCGAUAAUCUCCUAAAUGACGAUUUGGAUGAGUUACCAGCGAGAGCGACUGUAAAUCGGACAACUCAAGCUCACAGCUUCGGCUCUGGCCGUAGUCCGAGGAAAAACCGUCAUUACUGGGUGAGCAAAGGUCUAUCAACCCCUGGACCUGGGACGUAUGCUGUGACAAAUGCUGAUAGUAUUGUCAAGACGAACGGUGGAACUGGUGGAGCGCUUGGACCGCGUUGUGGUGGUUGCUGUCGCUUUCAACCUUGCGAGUGCAAAAAGUCUCGAAAGGAAGCAAAGACGCAAGUAAACGAUUCUGGAGGAAAGCCACACGUUUGUAAAGAGCCUCGACACUCUUAUCCAUCCGUCGUUGUGAAAGUUAAAACAACGAAAUCUGCUAACUUUCGGUCUGAAGAGCAGCAGCGACGAGUGGCCGCAGUACAAGCUGCGAAAGAACGCUGGAAACGAGUGGGUCAGAAUAUGACACCUAAUUAUUGCUGGACAGAGCGUCGUGUAGCGACUGGGGGAGCGCUUUCAAUGGAAAAAAGUACUAGUCGGGAUGGAUAUGGAAACAAUACGACACGGGCCAGGCUGCAAAAACUGCUUAUUGCUGAUCGAAAAAAAAAUAAACUGAAUAAGACGACUCACGCGUUGAUAAAUUGCUAA